AUGGCUCAGGCUCCCGCGAAUCGUGUGUGGUUGCCGUUUGAGUUAGUCGAAGAGAUACUUUGCAGAACUCCGGUUGAAUCUUUGUUCCGAUUCAAAGAGACGUGCAAGCAAUGGAACGCUCUCAUCAGCAACGACAUAAAAUUCAAGCAAAAGCAUUUGGAUCAUCACAUUCGCACUCCCGAACGAUUCCUAAGAAUCGAUGAUGAUCGUGCGGUUCAAAUCAUGGAUCCGGUGACCGGAAUCCUAAAAGAAAGACCAAUCCCAAACGAUUUUCUUGAUCCGCGUCCGAUUUCUUGGAUGGUUCAUUGUGAUGGACUCAUGCUUUGUAUAUGUGAAGAUUGGGAACGAGGAGGAGGUUACGUCCGUCUCGCAGUUUGGAAUCCGUUUUUAAGGAGAAUCAGAUGGAUCGAACCAUCGGUUGAUUACUGGAUAGAUGAUUAUUUCGGGGUUGGAUACGAUGAUGCAUCUCGUGACAACUACAAAAUCUUGAGGUUUGGUUAUAAUCGGUCGUCUUCUCCCCCUGGUGAUACAAUUAGAGUCUUUGAGAUCUAUGAAUUCAUGUCUGAUUCAUGGAGAGGUAUUAAUGCUGGGUUUGCUGCGGAUCUAUAUGUGGAGUGGGAGUGUGUGUCUGUGAAGGGAAAAAUGUACUGGGUUGCAUAUGAAGAAACUGAUGAACGUUAUUUCAUUCUAUGUUUUGACUUCUCCGAGGAUAUAUUCAAGGACGUAUGCGAUUGUCCUGAGUUUUGGGGCUAUAGUAACCGAUUAGAAUGUUUCAAUGGAGAUAGACUCUCUUUCUUAACACAAGAUGGAGAAGAAUCAAGAGACAUUGAGGUUGAAAAUCAAGGGAAAAACAAAGAACCAGAACCGGUUCGUUAUCUAGGGUUCGUUAACUUCGUUUGCUCACAAGUCGAGCCUUUGUUGCUACCGUCACUGCCGUUUGAGUUAAUCGAAGAGAUACUUCAGAGGACUCCGGCUGUAUCUUUGAUCCGAUUUAAAUCGACUUGCAAGAGAUGGUACCAUCUCAUCAGCAGCGACAACAGAUUCAUGCAAAGUCACUUGGAUAACUCUCCGGAACAAUUCAUAAGAAUCGAUAGCCGUGAGAGGGUUCAAAUCAUUGAUCCCGUGACCGGAAGCCUCUCGGUUACACCAAUCCCAGACGUGUUUCGCGACAUGUUCAUGUGUAUGUGUCACUGUGAUGGUCUGCUGCUUUGCCUGUGUCAUGGAUUAAGAGGUGACCUUAAUCUCGCGGUUUGGAAUCCGCUUUUGAGGAAAAGCAAAUGGAUCAAACCAUUGGCUCGUAACUGGUCAACUGCUCGUAACUGGUUAACUGCUCGCAAGAAUUGUGAGUACAUAGGGAUUGGAUACAGCUAUACAUCUCGUGAUAACUAUAAAAUCUUGAGGUUUUCUUAUCACGAUGAUGAUGAUGAUGAUAAAUCAGAACCAUUCUGUCACGUGUAUGAAUUGAAGUCUGAUUCGUGGAGAAGUAUUGAUGCUAAGUUUGAUGGGAAUAUAGAUGCUGAAGUUCAAGGCGUAUCUGUGAAUGGUAAUAUGUAUUGGGUUGAUGGAAAGAAGAAGGAGAAGAAGAAUGAGCACUUCAUUAUAUGUUUUGAUUUCACUAUGGAAACAUUCAAGCACGUAUGCGUUUCUCCGCCCUAUUCGGAUAUUGAGCUAUUAGGAUGUUUCAAUGGAGAUAGGCUCUCUCUGUUACAACAUGAUGAAGUAACAGGGGAGAUUCAUGUGUCGGUGACAAACAAGUUGACUGAUGGCCUUGUUUCUUUUAGCAGAUAUUUUAUUGUGACUCUCCCUGAUCUUCCUAUGGUACGGUGCCUAGAUUUUAUGGUUUUUCCGGGAUGGUGCAUUGGCAAGCAGAGAAAUAUCAUGGCAUGGUGCGAGCAAAUUGUAAAAGAAGAUGGUAAGAUGUAUACUUGUAUCACUCUUUACGAGAUUGAUGAAGGUGGUGUAAGAAAACAAAUUGAGACAGGACGACGUGAAGUUACAAGCUCCAUUAUUGACCCGCUUAUCACUAGUUAUGUGUAUGUUCCAAGCCUGAUUCCAGUUCCAGUAUAA